UAUUAAAAACACCCCAACUUCCUCUGAUCUCAUCAAAUUUGUAGAAGAAACAAAAACAGAGGAGUUAGAAGAAGAAGAAGAAGAAGACGGCGACUGCGGCAACGGCGCGGCGUAGGAACUUAGCCGAAAUUUGCUGGGUUUUCUAGUUAGAAAGAGGAGAAAAAGAUAAGAUUUUGCUGUAAAAAGGAAGGAUUUUGGAGCUCGAGUGAUGGUGGAAUCACACGCGAAUGGGGGUUGUUUAUUGAUGUUAUGUGCCCACUUCCAAAUUUAGCUCCUUUUUUCGAUUUUCCUCAUCCCCAUUAGCAUUAGCAUUAGCGUUCUCUUCCUCUUCCUUAUAUCUAAUCCCCCCCCACCCCCUGUUUCCAUUAUAUCUCCCCUGUUUCUGUUCCUCUCCAAUAUAUAUAGAGAGAGAGAGAGAGUUUUGUGGCUUCUCCAUUUUCCUUUCUCUCCUGUGGCUGCGAUUAAACCAAACCAUGAAGAACGAAUCGGUCUGCGACGUGAAAACGCUCCUGAAUGUGCUGUCGCAAGGCGAGGAGCAGACGCUGCGGCUCGAGGCCUGCGUCGGCGAUCCCGACUCCGCCGAGAUGUGCAGACACCUCGCCCGGCAGACCCACUCCCUGUUCCAGCAGGCUGCCGCAAUGGCCAGGCUCAUCGCCGACUCCCGGCAGCAGCCCAGCAGCAACAACAACAACAACAAUACGAACACGGCUGCUGUGGCAUCGGACUCGCCGCCGCGAUCGGGCAGCGGGAGCCCGACCAGCGAGAGCUCCGAGCGCGCGUCUAAGGAGCAGGAGCGCCGCGAGAUGUCGAAGAAGAGGAAGACGCUGCCGCGAUGGACGAACCAAGUGCGGGUGACCUCCGGCGGGAGCAGCGAUGGCGGCGGCGUGAUCGAGGGGACGCCGGACGACGGCUAUAGCUGGAGGAAGUACGGGCAGAAGGACAUCCUGGGAGCCAAGUUUCCCAGAGGUUACUAUCGUUGCACUCACCGCAACUCUUACGGAUGCCUAGCAACAAAGCAAGUGCAGAGAUCCGACGAGGACCCCUCGGUUUUCGACAUCACAUACCGAGGGGGGCACACAUGCCUCCAGAGGCGGCGCCCGACCGCUACAGCAGCGUCGGCGGCACAGGAGCCAGGCAUGCUGCAAAUGCAGGAUAACAGGCAGCUCGAUCCUAACCGACCGCAAGAACCGCAUUGCGAUCAAAACGAGCUACUACUGAGCUUCAGACAGGGCCUCAAGGUUAAGACCGAGGGCCUUAUACCGGACGGCGAACACGGCCUAACUUCCUCUUCCUUCUCCUUCCCUUCCACGCCGGUCAGCAACUUCGCGAGUACCUUUUCUCCGACUUUCAUAUCUCCGACCACCUCGGAGUCGAACUACUUCUCGAUGUCGCCGUGCCAGAUGAGUAACUUCGGAAGGGGGCCAACCUUUCUUGGCUCCGAGUCCGAGCUCACCGAUCUCAUCUCCGGUGCGACUUCCGUGGCCAAUUCCCCAAUGGUGGACAUAGAUUUCGUGCUCGAGCCGGCCAAUUUCGAGCCGAGUUUCCCUUCUUUUGAUUCUUCCAAUUUUUUCAGGUAGAAGUGAGGAGGAACAAAACACACACACACACACACACACACACACACACACACACACACACACAAUCAAGCCACUGGAAUCAAAGUUUGAAUCCCUGUAAGGUUGGGGGAUUAGUAUUGCAUGUAGCUAGCAAGUAGAAGAUCACUCAAUCAUGUAGUGCAUGUAGAGGUUAGAGUAAGUUUUUUGAGUUGUAGUCCUUAUUGUUAUUUAAGAGAUAAAUAAGAUCUUUUAAUCAAUUUAUUGGUCAA